AUGUCGCAGUCGUUAAGGGGAACGCUGUCUGCAAGAUCGAUCGGAGAAAUGGUAGCGAAGACGACAACAAAAGGAACGUCCUCCAUUGUCACCGUUGACGCUCUCCAGAAAGAAACUAUUACUGAGGUUGCUUGCAAAUUCUGGGCACCUUUUUCAAAAACUCAUGCUGCGUAUUCUGCUCCCUUAGUCGACACGAUUUAUCAACACGAAAUGAUUGCAACACACUUUAAUCCGAGGAAAAUUAUCAUGUUGGAGUUUAGGCAAUAUCUCGAGUGCUACCUUUGGCCAAAUUACACUGAGGAGGCAAGCACAGCGCAUGUUAUGUCAAUAAUCAUUAUGCUCAACGAGAAAUUCAGGGAACGCAUAGAUGCUUGGCAGUGUUUUGUAAAGAAGCCAGAACACUUCUCAUCGUUCACUUACCGUGUCCUCAAAUUGUCUUUGGACGAAACUUCUCGAAGCAACGCUGAACAAUGUGCGAUCAUCACCUUCCUUGUGAACAGUUUCAAUUCUGUUGAAGUUGAUAUAGUUCGUGAACAAAUGAACAAGUUAACACACAUGUCGAUCUGGACUAAUUUGUUGCCGAGUCAAAGAGAGGACAUAUUUGGAGGUAGCAAGAAACUGCGAAAGUACUGGGCAAACCUGUCACAAAAACUUGCUGCUCAAGACGCUGAAGACAGUGAAGAGUCCCGAAGGGCACAGUUCGAAAGAAAUUAUUUAUGGAAUCUUAUAGCUCGCUUUAAGCGCACAUUAGAUCGUGUAGACGACGAAUCGAAAGAAGUCGAUUUGGAAGAUAUCCGUUAUUGUGAGAGGUUUAUUGAGCUUUUAAUUGACCUUGAAGCGCUUCUUCCUACGAGGAGGUUCUUCAAUGCUUUGUUGCAUUCUUCGAAGCUUAUUACCCACUGUGUGCUCUCGAAGCUGAUAUCGUCUGAGGCAGGAUCGUUAUUCUGCCAACUUGUUGAGAUGCUGAAAUUUUAUGCAAGAUUCGAGAUUAAUGAUAUUACAGGGCAGCAACUCACACAUAAGGAGGUCUCUAACAAACAUUACGAGCAUGUGGUAAAACUGCAGAAGGCGGCGUUUAAAUAUUUCAGGGAGAGUAUGCCUGAUUUCUAUCUAUUGAGCGUUGGAAGUGUAGACACUCGCAAAGCUUUGUUGAAACAAUUCGGCUCAAUGAAGAAAUCCGAAAUAUAUCGUUUUGCGGAGUAUCUCCAUUUGGUUCCUCCUAUGGAUAGCGAGAAUUCACAGUUGGAGACGUACAGCAAAGAAUUUUUGACAGAAACCAUAACACUUCACUGUGAACGACGGGUGAACCAACUGCAACAGCUCAACGAACAGCCACUGUACCCAACUGAACAGGUCAUUUGGGACGAAAACGUCGUACCAUAUGAAAACUACUCCGGCGAAGGUGUCCUGGCAUUGAAUAAGCUGAACCUGCAAUUUUUGACGUUGCACGAUUAUCUUCUGAGGAAUUUCAACUUGUUUCAGUUGGAAUCAACCUAUGAAAUUCGACAAGAUUUGGAGGAUGUACUUUUCCGUAUGAAGCCAUGGCGCCAUGAAAAUAGAAACGAAACUGUGUGGGGCGGAUGGGCUCGAAUGGCGCUGCUUCUCGAUUCAUUCCAGAUCACUGAGGUAGGAAAGCCUUUCGUAGGCGACAAAAGUCCGUCAGUAGUCAGAGGAGAAUUCUCAGUAAACGUUGGCAGACGCGUGGAUAUCAAACAAGAGUGGGAAAGUCUCCGUAAACACGAUGUUUGUUUCCUUAUCACUUGUCGGUCAACUCAACCUGUUGGUACAAAGUAUGACAUUAGGAAACCAUUCAAGGAUCAGAUUCAGGUUACUUAUGUUCGCGGUUGCGAGAUAGAAGGGAUGAUUGGCCAAGAUGGCCAGGUCAUUGAAGAAUUUGAGUCUUACGAGAAGAAACCUCAGAUACAGGGCGACAUUAGGAGAUUUCGGGUAUUUUUGGAUCCGAACCAGUAUAGAAUCGACAUGGAAAACAGAGUAGAAAAAGGAGUAGAGGAUGUAUACUACACCUUCAAUCUGGUUGUACGGCGCGAUCCAAAGACAAAUAAUUUUAAAGCUGUACUAGCUACUAUGCGACAACUGCUCAAUACAGAGUGUGUGGUACCAGACUGGUUGACAGAUAUUGUGCUGGGAUAUGGUGAGCCGGAUUCUGCUCACUAUUCGAAGAUGAAUAAUGUGGUACCGACCUUGGAUUUCAACGAUACAUUUUUAUCAUAUGAACACCUGAAAGAGUCAUUUCCUGGUUAUCGCGUUGAAGCUACAACUGAAGAAGAAAAAAUGAUACCACCGUUCCAACUGAAGUUCAAAGAUCUUAUUCGGGGAGGUGAAUCAGAAGGUGAAAAAGUGAUCGAAGUGAUUCCUUUGGUCCGAGAUGCUCGUACACCUUAUCCUGUUUUUCCUAACAAGAACAGAGUGAAGUUUACGUCGGCGCAGAUAGAGGCAAUUAAGGCUGGCAUGCAACCUGGAUUAACUAUGGUGGUGGGGCCACCAGGUACCGGUAAAACUGAUGUGGCUGUGCAAAUCAUCGCGAAUAUCUAUCACAAUUGGCCUCAACAACGCACUUUGAUAGUCACCCAUUCUAACCAGGCACUGAAUCAACUGUUCGAGAAGAUUAUUGCUCUAGACGUUGACGAGAGACAUUUACUGCGGAUGGGUCACGGCGAAGAAGGACUCGAAACGGAGAAGGACUUCUCUCGUUAUGGUCGUGUAAACCAUGUGCUCAAGGAGAGGUUGAGAUUACUUUCUGAGGUGGAACGGCUACAAAAGGCGAUGAACGUGAUUGGAGAUGUAUCCUAUACUUGCGAGAAUGCUGGACACUUCUUCCGGUUUACGGUUUGUCGCGCAUGGGACGAAUUUCUAGAACAAUGUGCUAGCGAGAAGGAUGGUGGUGUAGGGGAAAUUUUCCCCUUUACCGGCUUCUUCUCCGAUAUUGAUCCUUUGUUUACUGGUUCUUAUGCUGCUGAUAUGGAAACGGCUCGAUGCUGCUGGCGGCACAUCAACCAUAUUUUCCAGCAGCUGGAGGAGUUCCGCGCUUUUGAGCUGCUUCGAAAUGGAAGAGAUCGAACUGAGUACCUUUUGGUCAAAGAGGCAAAAAUUAUUGCUAUGACCUGUACGCACGCAGCUUUGAGAAGGAAUGAACUGGUACAGCUUGGAUUCCGCUACGAUAAUAUUCUUAUGGAAGAAGCAGCUCAAAUUUUGGAAGUGGAGACGUUUAUUCCCCUUUUGCUCCAGAAUCCACAAGAUGGCAGAAACCGACUGAAGAGGUGGUGUAUGAUCGGAGAUCACCAUCAGCUUCCUCCUGUUGUUCAGAACCAGGCUUUCCAGAAAUAUUCGAACAUGGAACAGUCACUGUUUGCUAGAUUUGUACGGCUCGGUGUACCAAAUAUUCAACUUGAUAAACAAGGAAGAGCUCGAUCAGAGAUAGCUGCUUUGUAUAGCUGGCGUUACAAGAAUCUUGGUAAUCUUCCCCACGUUGAGGCUUUGCCACAGUUCCAGACUGCUAAUGCUGGUUUUGCGUUCAACUACCAACUCAUUGAUGUACCGGAUUUCAAUGGACAAGGAGAAUCACAGCCAAGUCCAUUUUACUAUCAGAACUUGGGAGAGGCAGAAUAUGCAGUUGCAUUGUUUACGUAUAUGCGCAUUAUUGGAUAUCCAGCUGAAAAGAUCUCCAUAAUCACAACCUAUAAUGGACAAGCACAACUUAUCCGUGAUGUUGUGGCAAGAAGAUGUGCGAAUAAUCCGCUUAUUGGAGUUCCUGCACAGGUGUCAACUGUGGACAAAUACCAGGGUCAACAGAAUGACUAUAUAAUUCUUUCUCUUGUUCGUACUUACAAUAUUGGACAUAUAAGAGAUGUUCGUCGUCUCGUGGUAGCAUUGUCUCGAGCACGUCUAGGUCUUUAUGUGCUUUGCCGAGCCAGCCUUUUUCGCAACUGUUUUGAACUUACACCUGCUUUCAAUAUUCUGUGUCAGCGGCCUUCUCGCCUAGUUAUCAUUCCGAGCGAAGCGUAUCCGACGCAAAGAAAGGUAGGGGAACGUGCUGAAGGUGAACCGAUUUCAAUCGAUAACACAGUUCAUAUAUCGACAUUUGUACAUGACUUCUACAUGAGUAACAUGGAGUCGAUGCGUGCUAACUAUGAGCGAGCGAUGGAACACUACCGGAAGAAAGUGCAGCUACUCCUCCCACCUGCGGAGAUAGAAGAACCUGAGAUUUCUGAAGCCGAACGAAAGAGGGAGGAAGCCAAAGCAAAAGCUGAAAAAGCUCAACAACAACAAGAAAGCGAGAUCGUCUUCGAAAGCAUGGAUUUCGAGAAACUCGAGGAGGUGCCGAAGUAUUGA